AUGAUUACUGUCGGCGUGACACUUCUUGCUGUCAGUAGUUGCCAUCCGCGAAUUCGCAAACAAAUCAUGUCUCGAGUCCCCUUCGCAGAUCCGCCCUGGCUUAGAGGCCUACCCUCACCCUACUUCAACAAUUCACACAAGAGGUUCCAAGUCGCGUGUCGCAAGUUCAUCGACGAAAAAUUGAAUAAAGAUGCGCUUGAAUGGGAAACAUCUGAGGAAGUGCCACCCAACGUAUUCAAGACUUUCGCCGAUGGCAACUUCCUUCUUCCGGCCCUGCCGGCGCCUUUGCCCGUGGAGUGGCUGCGAAAGCUGGGUAUUACCCACAUGCCUGGGCAAGUUCCAAUCGAGGAAUGGGAUUACUUACAUACAAUGAUCUACUCUGAUGAGAUGAGUCGAUCCGGCCUGGCUGGUCCCGGAGGGUCUAUUACUACUGGCGUUGCUUUUGGGAUUCCGCCUUUGCUGCACUAUGGCGAUAGCAAGUUGCAAGAAAGGUUCCUUCCGGAUCUUCUGCUUGGACGUAAGAGAACUUGUAUUGCGAUUACUGAGCCAGACGCCGGAUCAGACGUCGCAAACAUCACCACUGCCGCUGAGCUGCAAGGUAACGAAUACAUCGUGAACGGAACCAAGAAAUGGAUUACCAACGGUGUUAUGGCGGACUAUGCAACUUUGGCCGUCCGAACCGGCGGCGAAGGCUCAGGAGCCAAGGGAAUUUCACUCUUAGUGGUGCCCCUGGAUCAUCCCGGGGUCUCCAGAAGACGUCUCAAGGUCUCUGGGCAGAUCAUCGCGGGUACCUCGUUCAUCGAGCUGUCCGACGUCCGUGUGCCGCGAGAGAACCUUAUCGGCCGCGAGAACGAAGGCAUGAAGUACAUCAUGCACAACUUCAACCAUGAACGCAUGUUCAUCUCGGUGGGCGUGACAAGGCAGGCCAGAGUGGCGCUGAGCUCGGCGUUUGCGUAUGUUCUUCAACGUGAAGCAUUCGGGAAGGUGAGUGACCACGGAACGUUUCGCUCGAGCAUCUUCAAGGAGCGUACUGACAGGCCAUCCGGAAAGCCACUCAUUGACCAGCCAGUCGUGCGCCAUCGCCUGGCGAAAUGCGGAGCAUUGCUCGAGUCGCAGUCUGCUUGGGUCGAAUCAUUUGCCUAUCAGCUGUCAAAGAUGCCCAAGAAGACUGCAGACGAGGAACUUGGCGGCCUGACCUCCUUGUGCAAAGCCAAUGCUGGAAUCGUACUGGAUGAAUGUGCGAGAUGCGCUGUCCUGCUGUUUGGAGGCAACGGGUACACGCGCACUGGAAAAGGAGAGAUUGCAGAAAAGAUCUACCGUGAAGUCCCGGGCGCGCGGAUUCCUGGUGGAAGCGAGGAUGUGUUGCUUGACCUGGCUAUUCGCCAGUUGACCAAGAGGUUCCUUGCGGAGACCGAAAAGGAGAAGAUGAGAUCCAAGCUGUAA